AUGGCGGUAGGGGCGGCUUCGAGGGUGGUGGUGCAACUGGUGCGUGGAGUCGUGGUCGUCUUGAAGGAUGCACUCCAGCUGCAAGGUGCUCGAGGGCUGGACCUUGAACGGCCAACGAGCGGAGACACGCCCUUGCACCAGGUACCGGAGCUGCCGCUUAACAUCUGCAUGGUAUCCGAGAUGUUCCUGCAGAUCCUUGCCACGGGGCUCGGCGCCCUCGCCUUGGUCUGGGCGACCGUCGUCCUGCUCGGCGGUUUCUCCACUUAUCUACACAAGGCUGAUUUCUGGGUCAUCACCGCUAUCGUCUUCAUCCAAACAGCCAGGGUCGUGGGCAUAAAUGUAAGCCCCGAGGCAGAAUUUUUCAACCAAGUUCCACAAGCAUUCCUCGAAUUGGGCGCCGAGCACUACACGAAAUGGGGGCGACGAAGACCCCUGACUGGCCGAGCAACUGGCCAAAACUUCGUUUACUAUCUCAUGCUGGCACUUGGAAGUGCAAGGGAUUUCAUAACCAUUGUGGCCUUCCUAGCAAUAUUGGUCCUUGCAGUUCCGAUGAUCGCAGGGUUAGGCUGCAUAUCACUUUCCAUCUAUCGUCUCGUUGCCCUCCUGUCGAGACAUCAUGGCAAUGACAAUGUGUUUCGUGCACUCAUCUUGUUCUAUGCUCUCGUGCUUCUCCAAGGUGGAUUGUUCAUCUUGUGGUUGUUUCUGAGGCUGUAUCGUUCUUAUCUUGCAAACCACGUGAGCUUCAAGUAUGGACUUGAGGACAAGAGAGAAUUGAUUGACAAAUAUAUGGGCAAAACCUUGAGCACGGCCAUAAAAAAUGGGGUGGCAGGUACCAUCAACAGGAACCUGGCUUCCUUCGCAGCAGAAAUGAUGAAAUCUGAGUACAGUCAGGACCGCAUUGAUGCAGUUUUGGCUGCUUGA